AAGUUUCGUGGGUAUAACAGCAAGGGAGUAAUGUAAUGUUCUGCAAGCUCUCUCCAUCUACUCCAAUCCCAAAAAAGGACAUAAAUAAAAGCUAGUCUGCUAGAAGCCUCUGUUAAAGAGGGAAAGUUUGAAGAGGAGAAAGAGGGAGAGCGAGGAAAAAGAAGAAGAAAAAAGGAUACCGUUUUUAUUGGAGACAUUUUACCCGAGGAUUCAACAUGGGGGAAAUGGUCAACGCUUGGUUUGCUGAACGUGUCCACUCCAUUCAGCCAUCUAGGGAAGGAUCUAAAGCUCCGCCAGAACCUUUAUCGGCCCUCCAUUCACUGGGUCCAACUGAUGCACCAUCUCCAAGUCCAGCUCCGUCCACCCCUACGCGAAAGAUCUCUGCAUCUGAGUUCGACAGGCCGCUUCGUCCCAUUGUUGUGAAAGACGCCGAGGGUUCGCUUACUUUUCUUAGCGAUACAGAAAGGGUGCAGAUGCCACUUCCUCCUCCCCAGCGGCCUGGCUCAGGCAACGGGACAGACGAGGGCGGAGGUAUUACGGACUCAAGAGUUCGUGAAAAUGGGGACCGCUGUGCUCGUCUGUUGGAGCUUGUACGGGAUGUUUCAAGUCACUUGGACCUUACUGCCCUGUGCCACAGGAUCUUCUUACACACUCACGAGUUGAUAGCUGCGGAUCGCUAUUCGUUGUUCUUGGUUGGAGAGGACAGUUCAAACAGGAAGUUCCUGGUUAGCCGGCUGUUUGAUGUCGCAGAAGGAUCCACUCUUGAGGAGGCUUCCAACAGUGGUAUUCGCCUGGAAUGGAACAAAGGAAUUGUGGGAUAUGUGGCAGCCACUGGACAGCCUCUGAACAUUAAGAAUGCAUAUGAGGAUCCACGUUUUAAUGCAGAAGUGGACCAAAUUACAGGAUAUAAGACACAGAGCAUCUUGUGUUUGCCUAUCAAAAAUCACAGAGAUGAGGUUGUUGGAGUAGCACAAGCAAUCAAUAAAAGGUGUGGAGAGAACAGUGCCUUCACAGAACAGGAUGAGAGGGACUUUUCUUCGUAUCUGGCUUUUUCAGGCAUAGUGCUACACAAUGCACAACUCUAUGAGACGUCACAGCUGGAAAACAGGCGAAACCAGGUGUUGUUGGAUCUGGCUAGCCUGAUCUUUGAAGAGCAGCAGUCUUUGGAGGUCUUACUGAGGAAAACUGUGGCCACCAUCUUGUCUUUCAUGCAGGCUCAAGAAUGCACUGUCUUCAUUUCUGACAGGGAGACAGCCAACACAUUCUCCAGUGUGUUUCACAUGGAACAUGACGAGCUUGCAGGAUCCGUCGACUUCCCAAACAGAGAAUGUGAUGUCAAUAAGAUUAACUAUAUGUAUGCCCAGUAUGUUAAGAACACUUUGGAGCCACUGAACAUUGCAGAUGUCACCAAAGACCAGCGAUUCCCAUGGACAAGUGAAACUCUACAAUCCUCAAACUGUCCAAUCAAAAGUCUACUGUGCACUCCAAUAAGGAAUGGGAAGAAAGACAAAGUGAUAGGUGUCUGCCAGUUGGUCAAUAAGAUGGAUGAAGCUUCAGCAGAAGUAAAAGCCUUUAACAGGAACGAUGAGCAGUUUCUAGAGGCCUUUGCUAUCUUUUGCGGGCUGGGGAUCCAGAACACACAGAUGUAUGAAGCAGUGGAAAGAGCUAUGGCCAAGCAAGAGGUCACACUCGAGGUCCUCUCUUAUCAUGCCUCGGCUGCAGAGGAAGAGACGAGGGCGCUCCAGGUAACUGCGGCUGCUACGAUUCCUUCUGCUCAGUCUCUCAGACUGCUGGACUUCAGCUUCAGUGACUUUGACCUGUCCGACGCUGAGACGACCCAGGCAGCCAUCCGCAUGUUCGUGGACCUCAAGCUUGUGCAGAAUUUUCAGAUGAAGUACAAGAGUUUGUGUCAGUGGAUCUUAAGCGUGAAGAAGAACUACAGGAAGAACGUGGCCUACCACAACUGGCGACAUGCCUUCAACACUUCCCAGUGCAUGUUUGCUGUGCUGAAGUCUGGGAGGUUUCAGAGCAAUCUGAGUGAUUUGGAGGUUUUAGCUCUAAUGAUUGCGACGCUCAGCCAUGAUUUGGACCACCGAGGUGUCAACAACUCCUACAUCAAAAGGAGUGACCAUCCAUUGGCCCAGUUGUACUGCCACUCCACAAUGGAGCACCACCAUUUUGACCAGUGUCUUAUGAUACUCAACAGUCCAGGUAAUCAGAUUCUGAGCGGCCUCUCUCUGGAUGAGUACAAGGCGACAUUGAAGAUGAUUGAGAAGGCUAUUUUGGCCACUGACCUGGCUCUCUACAUGAAGAAGCGAACAGAAUUCUUCGAGCUGUCUAAGAACAGUCAGUUUGUAUGGCAGGACGAUUACCACAGAGAUCUGCUGAGGUCGAUGCUGAUGACAGCAUGUGAUAUCUCUGCUAUUACGAAACCCUGGCCAGUACAGAAAAAGAUAGCAGAGCUGGUUGCCACAGAGUUCUUUGAACAAGGCGAUAAGGAGCGGAGAGAGCUAAACAUUGAACCUAUUGACCUGAUGAACAGGGAGAAACAGGAUAAAAUCCCCAGCAUGCAAGUGUCUUUCAUCGAUGCCAUUUGCACACAGUUAUAUGAGGCGCUGACAGGUUUCUCAGAGUACUGCUCCCCUCUGCUGGAAGGCUGUAGGAAGAACAGACAGAAUUGGAAGCUGCUUGCCGAGCAAGGAGAGGAAUCUUUGCUAAACGGAGGACUGUAACUUUUCUUUUCGAAACGCUUGCCGCGCUCGGGCUGUUCACAUCUUUCCCUGCCCUUCUGCCCGGAGACUGAAGGAUCGCAAGGCCCUGGUCCGAUGAUAAAUCGUUUUCACAAAGCACACCGAAGCAGGUUAAAAGUUCAAGGUUGGCAUUUUGUUUCAGCUGAGACUGCUGCGCUGCAAAAGACUCGAAGGAAAGAAGGACCGGUGGACAUGUACACGCGAUGAAGAAAUGUUGUAAAACUGUGACUGAAUUAUCUCGACUCGUUAAAGGAAUGUUCAAGAUUCAAUGCAAGUUAUUUCCAAAGCAUUUUGCGACGUGCCGUUUACAAAGAAAAUCGCGUCCGCUUGUUUCUUAGUUGCAAAUCACACUCAAAACGAAAGGGGCAAAACAUUUCGAAGGCAGAAGCAUACAGGUUGUAUUUUUGUAAGUAAUUAUAAAGCUGUAAAAAGUUGUAAACCUGUAGAGCUGUCUAAAUAAUAAAUCAUCUUUUUAGCAGUGGAAUUUCUAGUGUAAUUCUAUGUAAACAAUGCUUUGCAGUUAAAACCUCUGAUUUCUGGUAACCAUAGAGAUAUCUGGAGACGAGAUAUUAGUUAUACAAUUACACAGAUAAGCUGAGCUAACAGUUCUGGUAUUUUAGUUUUGCGUGUAACUAUACUUUUGAAAAGCACGAAUUUGAACAUUUAUUAACUGUUCCCUCACAGAUUUCCUAAUUGCGAUCUGCCGGUUUUAAGCACGGUUUCUUUCUCGUUUUUUUAUAACAUUUCAAAACUAUUAUAAUCGACAGCGCAUCAGCUUGUAUUGAGCCAAGAACAUUCCUUAUUUAUUAUUAUCGUGUUGUUGUUUUUUUUGUGCCUCGCACUCACCGAAUUACGCACAUACACAAAAUAUUAUUCCGCUAUAUUGCACUCCUAAAGUAAGCUGACAUAAAAGGAACACAUCGAACACGGUCGCUCUUCACCGUUUAACCUCAUUACAAUUUACUUUGUGUUACACCGUUGUACCGCGUUGUAGAUGUUAUUUUUCACCUACGUCGCAUGUAGUUCAAGAAAUCGGUAGCCUGUGAUAUGUGAACUUAUUUAUCAUCUGUUACACGAAUGGGUUUAAUUCUUUGACGGUCACGACAAAUACAUGUUUUGGAGUGUAACGGAAAUAAGAUGUCUGUGGAAAUGUCAAAUUCUAAAUGCUGCCGCUGCGUGCCAGUUUGGCAAAGAAACCUGUUCUACACCGCACAUGUUGAUGGUUUUUAUUUCAUAAUUUUUGAUCAAUUUUAUAUAACUAUUAAGGAUGCACCUUUUUCUGUUUAUUAAAAGGAAUUUAGGCGGCCAGCGAACAACUUGGAUGAAAAAAUGUAUAUUUUAAAGGUGCUUUAGCUGAUCGUUAUUUUUGCAGUUCACUCAAAAUGCUCCAGCAGUGUACAAUAUAUAACAAUAAUAAUAAUAAAUAUAACUGCAUGCAUGAGGACCAAUUACUCAGUAAAGACCAGGGGCCGUAUGUAUAAAGUCAACCAGAGUCAAAUUUGAGUUACAUAAUGAUAUGGAGUUGAUAAAAUUAUACUAAAUUUAUUUUUUUUGUAACUGACAAAGUAACCAAAAAAUAAUUUUGUUGCUUGGCUUUUUAAAAAUGGGAUGAGGAAAGUCAUUAAACCAAGUGGCAAAAAUCACAAAAUUGUCAAUUGCCAACAACAUUGGCAAUUGCCACGACAUAAUUAUUAAUAUUUCGUUUUUGCACGUUUUCAGAAUUUCUUUGUAUGAAAGCAUGGCCAGAAAUGAUGACCACACGAUUCGACAUGUUUCGUUGCGCUAACACAAAUAAAACAAUUGACUCUAUAGGCAAUACGCAUA